CUGUUUGUUUUUUUUUUGCUCUCGGUCCUCUGGACCACUGAAGCCUCGGGCUGCUAGGAAGGCUGCGUGUUCCCGGGGCCGGCCAGGCGGAGCCGAUCGAGGGAGAUGGUCUCCGCCGCGCCAUUCGUCGGUUGAGGAGCGGCCGCCCUGGCAGGGUGGCAGGCCAGCCGCAGCGCGGGGCGCUGGCCACAAGGCGUGCGUUGUCGUCCUGACCUGCUGCUGAAUGUCGGUCCCAGGGGAUGAGGAGAGGCUUUUGCCGCUCGCCCAGAGAUGGCCCCGAGCGAGCAAGUUCCUACUGUCUGGCUGCGCGGCUACCGUGGCCGAGCUAGCAACCUUUCCCCUCGAUCUCACAAAAACUCGACUCCAAAUGCAAGGAGAAGCCGCCCUUGCUCGGUUGGGAGACAGCGCAAGAGAAUCUGCUCCCUAUAGGGGCAUGGUGCGCACAGCCCUAGGGAUUGUCCAAGAGGAGGGCUUUUUAAAGCUUUGGCAAGGAGUGACACCCGCCAUUUACAGACACGUAGUGUACUCUGGAGGUCGAAUGGUCACAUAUGAACAUCUCCGUGACGUUGUGUUUGGCAAAAGUGAAGAUAAGCAUUAUCCCCUCUGGAAAUCAGUGAUUGGAGGGAUGAUGGCUGGGGUGGUUGGCCAAUUUUUAGCCAACCCAACUGACCUAGUGAAAGUUCAGAUGCAAAUGGAAGGAAAAAGGAAACUCGAAGGAAAACCAUUGAGAUUUCGUGGUGUGCAUCAUGCAUUUGCAAAAAUCUUGGCUGAAGGAGGAAUACGUGGGCUUUGGGCAGGCUGGGUACCCAAUAUACAAAGAGCAGCGCUGGUGAAUAUGGGAGAUUUAACCACUUAUGAUACAGUGAAACACUACUUGGUAUUGAAUACAUCACUUGAGGACAACAUCAUGACUCACAUGUUAUCUAGUUUAUGUUCUGGACUGGUAGCGUCCAUUCUGGGAACACCAGCUGAUGUCAUCAAAAGCAGAAUAAUGAAUCAACCCCGAGAUAAGCAAGGAAGGGGACUUUUGUAUAAAUCAUCUACUGACUGCUUGCUUCAGGCUGUUCAAGGAGAAGGACUCAUGAGUCUUUAUAAAGGCUUUUUACCAUCUUGGCUGCGAAUGACCCCUUGGUCAAUGGUGUUCUGGCUUACUUAUGAAAAAAUCAGACAGAUGAGUGGAGUCAGUCCAUUUUAAGCCCUUAAAGAUGCAGCCCUUAAAGAUACAGUGUUCAUUCAGUAUCAUUGAAAUAUGGGCACCUGCAACACACACCCCUAUUAUUUCUACCUCUUUAGGAAGACACCUUCCUCUACAGAGACUGUGAGUUAUAGGGGGCAGCACUUGAUUUUUCUCUGGAAACCCGAGUUCUCUUUGACUCCUCUUUUUGUUCAAAAGCAAUCUGGUUGGAUCACACACGGCCACCCAAAGAGACCCAGCAUAGCACUUUGUGAAGAAGAACGGAAUCCUGGCCACUGACCUGGAGAGAUCUGACCUUCGAGAAGUUGCUCUAUGCUGAAGAGCCUGUUUAGAGGAGACGUGCCAGAAGGGAGUCAGAGUCUCAGACCCGAAGCAGACAAUAGAAAUGGGGCAAGACUACAUACAUGCAUGCAUACAUGCAUACAUAGUGAUACGAAAUAUGCUUAACCUGUAUGUCAGUAUUUUCCAAUGAAAUUUGAUAACUCACUUUUCUGUUGUUAAAGUGUACAUACUGUAAAGUAAAAGAGAGGUGAAUGAAAACUCAUGAAUAAACAUUUUGAAUUUCCCUAGUGUUGAAGGAAGUUGAUGUACCUUUUCUUGCCAGGAGGAUGAAAAAAAUCAAGUUGAGAUGAGGCUUGGAUUUCAAGGAAAGCAGCUCUUUCUGUCCGUGCCCCCUCAUUAGUUAUUGUAGAUCUGUGUUAACUGGUUAGCACGCCACUGCACAUGCUAAGGACUUCCUGACAGCCACACGCUCUGAAUUUUGAUGAGAACAAAGAGUAUUUACUUUGUUCCAUAUCCUGUUGCAACUUGGAUUUGUUGCUAGCUCUCGAGAAUGUCCAAUAUAUUAAAAAUCCAAUGUAUUGGAUUAAAGUUCAGGUGGAUAGAUCUUUUUAAUAAAGCAACCUGUUAUCUUAUAAGCCUUUCAGUGGUAUUUUAAAAGCAAGGCUAAGAUGAAGCCAGCCAGCUCUGACAUCCCUUCUCAUCUCCCCCUCCCUAACAUUAAGGGCCCUAGAGAGAGAGAAUUCAGUUAUCAUAUUGAAGCUGUCUCUAGCCUGAGUCUUAAUCAGUUUGGCAAAGCUUCCUGCCUAAAAAAUCCAUAGGUAUAAACUGCUUAUGGUACACAGUUGUCUCCAAUCCCUGAGUCACAUCCGUUUUCUAAUUUUAGAAAGGUCAGCGAUUUCCUCAGAUUCACCUGUCUACCACCUGCUCCCCCAACCUCAGACAGUAGGCAUUUCUAGGUGGAUGGCUACAGUUAUCCAUCUACCCUACAGUUAUCUAGGGUAGAGGCUGUAACUCAAAAUAGGAAGACUCAGAAAGCUGACCCCAAAAAAGACCUUGGAGCCAACCAAAUAGCAUUUGUUAUGGACAUGGAUGAUGGUUAGUCAGAAAAAUGUUUACAUGCUCUGUAGUUGCACUGAUGCAUAAUCACUGCCAUUUAAGAGGGGAAAUAUACUUUAAGAUAUAUUUUAAUGUGAUGUACUAAUUUGCAGUAGCUUAUUGUUUUUCUAUAGUUUGCGUAACGUGGAGUUUAAUCUCUUAAAAUCUUCAGGUCAUCUACUUUUUCCAUUGUAUUUGUCAAUCUGAAUUGAAUUGUUAAAUAUAUUUAAAAUAAUAGUACUCCUAUUUAAAAUAUGUACUUAAAAUUCCCAAAUGUUCUGCAUUGAAACCAUGUGGGAAAGUUUUGAUUUUUUAUGCUUUAUAAUAUUUAAAAUUAAGUAAAGACUGGAUCGAAAGAACAUACUAUAUGCAAACUGGACCAUAAAAAAUUUUACUUUGCUUUAUUCUUUGAGGGACUUGAGGUGAAAAACGUUGCUUAAGUACUGAGACUCUUCCUUGGUAUCUGGAUUCGGCAUGAAUAAUUGGAAUUGUUUUAACCUAACACGACUCCUUGAGAUUAUCUGGUGUAACCCUUUCAUUUUACAUGUUAGGAACUAAGACCAAGAGAAGUAGACUUGUUCAUGCUCGUCAGUUACGUAGUAGCAAAGCCGGGAUAAAAAUACAGAUCUCCUAAUUAUAACUGAAAUAUACUGUACAGAUUUUUCUUUAUGACUUUUUUUGCCUAUACGCAUUAAAUGAAUUUGAAUUGUCUUUAGCAUAAAAUUUAGAAUGGAGUCACUGUGCUUUAGCUUGAACAUUAAGACCCUCCAUAAUCUGACCAAAUCCUGCAUAUUCAAUACAUAUAUCCCAUCACAUUCAUACUUUUCUAGUGAAAUCACAUUCACUAAUGUAUCUUGGAACUUUGUUUUAUCUUUACCAACUUGAAAUCAUCUUGCUCCGUUCCAAAAUAAACAGCAAAAAAUAAAAAGGAAUAAAAAUUUUAGUAAUUUUGUGUCCAUACUGAAAGACUUAACCAUUUCAAUCUUACUAUCUUAUUAUACUACUACUAUAUAUGUGGUAUUUAUCUUCAGGUCAGUAUUGAUAACACUUAACAUCUAAUCUUCUUUUGCUUAACCACACUUUUUCUCUUCCCAAAUGAUUUUUGCUCAUUGCAAAAUACAUAUUCUUAUUUUUAAUUAUAUUAUUUGUUCUUUAUAUGUAUAAGUGAAUUAGCAUAUAUACUUAGAUAAUACGUCCAAGAUUUGCUUUUAGUAAGGAAUAAUGUGUUGCCAAAUAUUAUUUGAUUACAAAUGACUAGUGGUAGAGCUAUGUCUUGUUUUUAUUUAAAUAUCUACUCUUAUAAAUAGCAUUUAUUUGCUGUUAGGUACUCAAAAAAAGUUGAUUACAGUUACAUAACACAUGAAUCAAUUUGGUCUUCAUUGUUUUAAGAAUCUAUCAUAAGACUAGUCUGAUUUUUUUUUUACACUUUGUUAAGAAAAAGGAAACAAACUCACGGAGGUUUUUAAUGUAAAAAUUUUGCUUUUCUGUCAUUUUCAAAGUUGUAAGCACAACCAUUUAUUGACAAUUGAAAUAGUUAUGUAUGGUCUCUGUUAAUGAGAACUGAUUCCCUCAGGACCUCCUUUGGGAAAAAAAAAUGUUUAGUUUUAACACUUGUGGUUAAAAAAAUUGGGGGGGGGGUGAAAUAUUAAAUUCUCUUCUCCCCAAUUAAACCAAGACUCAUUAAAAUGAUUACCAUACAAGUAUAUAUUAUUAAAUGCCGGAUAAUGUGGAGGAAAGAUAACGUGGAUUCUAAAGACCUUUAUCCUACUUUGGAUUCUACUUCUGACAAAAUAGUAUAACUAUGAUCAAGUCCCUUCACUUCUCUUGAUUUCUGUUUCUUUAUAAAAUGAGCUGAUUGAACUCUAGGAUCUUAAAUUGCAUGUACUUGAAGGGGGCCAUUAUAUUGAGACCAUGUGAAAAAAAAGGAUUAAAACAUUUAUUGGGAUUUGUUUUUUUCCUAGAUUUAAUUAACUUCUCAUAGUUUAAGAUUGGGAAAGGUUUAUUGAGGCCUUAAAGUAUAAUACAAACUUUUUAUAUAGCUGGCCUGUCUCAGCUGGAAAUCCAGAGUAGCAGUCAUCUUCCUUCAGACAACUCUGGGCACAUCACCCCAUAUUCUUACUUUCAGUUGCUCCUUUAUACACACACUAUAAAAAUUAAAAUCCCUAAUACUAUACCCAGAAACCUCUCAAUCUGAUUCCAACCUGUUUUUCUAACCUUUGCAUUUUACUGCAUACCUGCGCUGCACCUCCUUUUAAAUGCAUUGCUCACUUCUCUGAAGAUGCUCUUGGCUGCUUCUCAUGCAGUGUUCAGGCUGUGCUCUCCACAUAACUCCUCCCAUCAUCACCACCCUUUCCUCUUCACUUCCACUGGUUAAAUCCUACUUUAAUAUCUAGAAUGAUCUCUGAAGACUUCGACAUCUUCAGCACUCUGUGCUCCCAAUGCAUCCCCUACUGCGGAAGUAUUUCUAUGUAUGGAUGUAUGCCUGCUUCCACUAUACAGAAUGAACUGCUUGCAACCGAGGACCAUCUAUUACAUCUGUUUCUCUUAUACAAUUCAAAUAGAAGGUAUAUGUUGAAUUCAGAGAUUUUGGGGGUGGGGGGUGGAGAGAGAAAAACAUUUAUGCACACAUGGAAACUGCAUUUCCAAGAGAUUCUGUGUGUAAACAUGUAAUUAUAAUUUUUGAGAAGCAUUCAUCCGUUUAAUAGCUAUUCCACAAAAAUCUAGAAUUUGAUCAUUUUAAAUAAUAUAAAAUAUUUGGCUAAUUGAUUAAUAGUUAAUAAAUGUGAUGAGUUUAUAUUAUUCUUCAUUUUAGAGUGUGUAUGGAAAUUAUAUCACUGUUUUGUCCUUCACUGAUACCAUACAAAUGCACAUUUUACCCACUCAAGUGUUAUAUUAUUUCUUUUUUUUAAGUGUUAUAUUAUUUCUGAAUUUUGAGGAAUACAUGAUUAUUUUUCUUUCCCCAUACUUUACCCCCAACAGGCUGCUGUGAUUAUCAACAGCAGCAGGAUCCACUUUGAAGGUUUGAUAGAAGCAGAUGAAGAUGCUAAAAGAUGUCUGGUAAUAAACAGGAAUAUAUGUGAGUAAAUAUAGUGCAUUCUGAUUUUUAAAAUAAAUGUUUUAAAAUGCAUAAUUGUCUGUUAAGGGUUUUGUUUUGUCCUGGUGCAUUUUUUAGUUAAAUGAUAAUAACUAAUUUAGAGAUGACUUUUAAAUCUUAAUCUUUACUUUUCACAAGUGAAAAGAAACUGGCUUAAUUUAGAAUGUCAGAUUUUAAAUACUUAUAUUAGCAAAAAGGAUGUUUAUACAUUGUUGCUAUAUAUUAAUAUAUAUAAUAAAUUCAGUUCUGCUAUUAAUCCAUUUCUCCCUAUUAAUCCAGUUCUUCUCUGACUAAAAAGGAUGGAUAACUCAUAAUUACAGUGGUGGACAUGCUCACUGGCUGAGGAUAGAAGAGCAAAAUAAAAUUGGAAUUACUUUAAACAUUGGAGAAUUCGUUUUCUUUUUUGAUACCAUGUUCUACUUUGAUUUCCAUGAUACUAUUCCCUGUGGUCGCUAUAUUUUUCAUUACUACUUUUCAGUUCUGUGCUGGCAAGUCCUUAAAUUCUAGUGUCCAAUUUCUCAAUAAUUUAUUAUUCAAUAAACUUAUUUUUGUCUAUUGACCUUA